AUGGACUACGUUACACAGCCGACACAACAAGCAACCCAGGCUACCCAGAAAUACAUAAUAGAAAAGUUUUCGCAAGAACAGAUAGACGAUGAUAUCGUUUGUCGAAUAAUUUGUACCAGUGGCCAAAUACCCAUUCGAGACUUGAAAGCCGAACUUAGGGAUGUUGUUCACAAGAGCGAAGCUAUCAAGAAGUCCUGGACCUUUGGCAGAAAUCCACAAUGCGACUACCAUCUCGGAAAUACUUCUCGGUUCUCUAAUCGGCACUUCCAAAUUCUAUUGGGUGAAGACGGGAAUCUCUUACUGAAAGACACGUCAACAAAUGGAACGUGGCUGAACGGCGAGCGCCUGGAAAAGGAUAGAAACCAGCUCUUGUCGCAAGGGGAUGAAGUCACUGUUGGAUGGGGAAUUCCACAAGACGUGGUGAGUUUAGUAGUGUUCAUCAACGAUAAAUUCAAGCAGAAGCUCGAGCUGGCCACACUACAAGGCUUUAAGUCAAGCAAGGGCAAGGGCUCGAAGCAUUCCUCUCCCAACGUACAGCUAACGGGAAUUCAUAAAGACUACUCGAUCAAGGACGAAGUUGUAGGUCAAGGUGCAUUUGCAACGGUGAAAAAGGCUAUUGAGAGAAGAACCGGCAAAACUCAUGCUGUUAAGAUUAUCAACAAGCGCAAAGUAAUGGGUAACAUGGACGGGGUAACUCGAGAACUCGAGAUUCUUCGAAGACUAGAUCACCCAAGGAUUGUUAGUUUGAAGGGCUUCUACGAAGAUAAGGACAGUUAUUACUUGGUAAUGGAGUUCGUCUCUGGAGGUGAUCUCAUGGAUUUUGUUGCCGCACAUGGAUCUGUCGGAGAAGACGCAGGUCGUGAAAUUACACGGCAGAUUUUGGAAGCUGUAAAGUACAUUCACGCAAUGGGUAUAAGCCAUAGAGAUUUAAAGCCUGAUAAUAUUCUCAUCGAACAAGACGACCCGGUAUUAGUGAAAAUAACAGAUUUUGGAUUGGCCAAAAUCCAGGGAAAUGGCACAUUCAUGAAGACAUUCUGUGGGACCUUGGCUUAUGUUGCGCCAGAGGUGAUUAGCGGCAAAAAUUCAGAGGAGAAAGAGGGCAACAAAUACUCGUCUUUGGUCGAUAUGUGGUCAAUUGGGUGCCUUGUUUAUGUCAUUUUGACCGGCCACCUUCCGUUCAGCGGCAGCACCCAAAAUGAGCUCUACAAACAAAUAAGCGCUGGAUCAUACCAUGAGGGACCACUCAAAGAUUACAGAAUCUCCGAUGAUGCCAGAGAUUUUAUAGAAUCGUUUUUGCAAGUUAAUCCACGAGAACGUAUGACAGCCGAGCAAGCAUUAAAACACCCAUGGAUCAAAGCUGCGGAAAGCUCCAGCUUCAUGGAUUCGCAAGUUUGCCUAUCGCAGUCAACGUCUCAACAGAGAGCCGGAGAAAGCAUGAGCGAUGCGCAGCAACAGUUUAUAAACAUGAGAGCACUUGAAGAACAGAAAAAAGAAGAGGAUGGACAGCAACAGCAGAGUGAAAAUCACGAACCGAGCCAAUCUCAGCAUCCAGUGUUCAAAAUUCCCGGUAAAGCACCCGUGAGAUUUACACAAUCGUGCGUACCGGAAAACUCCCAACCGGACAGCUUGAGAGAAGUAAGAACUGCCAAUUUCGACCCGAUUUAUUCUUCUUUGUCUAGUCACGAAAGCCAGCAGUCCGUGGCACCACAGAUACCGACAAGCAAGAUGAACCCGAGUCAAAUGGAUCGGGAUCCCGACCAUGAGGUAUGUAUCAACGCGGAGGGAGCGCCAACUAUGGGCGGCAAAUUCAUCACACUGCGAUCUACCGCGGAAAGCUCGAUAAAAGGCAUCAUCGACAUAAAGCAGGGAGUGAACCCGUUUUACAUAGGCAGAUCCAAGGAGUGCAGUUGCCAGAUCGAAGACAACCGGCUGUCGCGUGUACACUGUUUCAUUCUCAAGAAAAGGCACCCGAUCGGAGACAGCAUCUACGAGUCUCCCGCUCAGGGCCUGGAGGAUCUGUGGUACUGCCAUGCCGGAACUAACCUGAGUUACCUUAACGACGUUCGUCUCACACAGGGAACAAAAGCCCUGCUGCACGAAGGCGAUGAGAUAAAGAUUAUAUGCGACAGAGCAAACAAUUUCGUUAUUUCCUUCGUGGUGGAUAUCAACGACGCUACCGGGCUUUUUAAUAACGGCAAACCAUUACCAGGCCAGCAGCGUAGCGUAGAGCCGCAGGCCAGUGAUGAAGUGGCCCUAGCCACGAAACCAAUUCUGUCGAGAGAUUCCAGCGGAAGUCAACUGACGCACAAAAGAGCGUUGUCCACCGUUUCGAGCCAAGAGUCCAACAAAAAGGCCAAGAGAGCGAAGCUCGACAAGGCUGAUAAUACCUCGGGCAGCUUACAGUUCAUAUAA